AUGGCUGACAGAUGGUGCGAGACUUUCGGAGAACAGCGUGGGACAAGGCUGCAGUUUGAGACCUUCAACUUGUAUCAUGCGAAUCAUUGGAUCAUCAAACCAGCCACCGACGGCUAUGCGAAAAAGGGCUGCAGCAUGGUUGAGAUCAUGGCGAUUCAAGUGCAGAGACCUCAGUGGUUUGAACCAGUGUGCAAGUUUCUGGCCUGCUUGGAGCAGCAUGCUCUGGUGCGAGAAUUGUCAAGCAGUACGUUCUAUUGGGUCUGUGCUUAUGCCAACAACCAACACUCUGUGGAUGAAGACAUCAAAAUAAACCCGCGCAGCACAUCUUUCUACAGGGCCAUGCAGAUGUCUGAGGGAGUUCUCUUGGUGCUGGAUUCGGCUGGAAGGUAUUCGCCCUGUUUGCUUGUCACGAUCAUUGCUCUAUUGCUUUCAACGCGCUUCUACCCGAUUGACACGACUGAUUUUGGAUGCUUUCCGUGCCGCUGUCACCAAAAGGAUCAUGGUGCAAAGCACCUUGCGAGUUGCAGCCUUAUAGGCAUUCUUCGCCUCAAAGAUGUGAGUUUGAGUGAGCAGGACAUCACAAGUGUUGCAGAGGAUGCCUUCACCUCUUGCCCGGGGUUGAAACGGUUGUCGCUCUCUGCGAAUAGGCUGCCUGUUCUGCCUGAGAAGGUCUUCGCCUCUUUGGACCGCUUGCAACUGCUGGACUUGGGCCGUUUGGGUUUGAAGCACUUGGAGUCUGACACAUUUGCUGGGUUGUCAAGUUUGAGAAUCUUGUCCCUCAGCCAAAAUCAUUUGAAGGUGCUGCCAGAAGAUUUGCUGCGCCCCAUGCCAGCUCUGGAGCAAUUGUUGCUGGGGGGUAAACGUGAUGAUCAGUUCGAACGGAUCGUUGAUGGAAAUGAACUGAAAAUACUUCCGCAAGAGCUUUUGCAGCACAGCCCGCGGCUACAAGUUCUCGAUCUGAGCGAAAACAAGUUGAUCUCGCUGCCACACAACGUCCUUGAUAAAAUUCCUUUGUUGGAGACCCUCGACCUUGGUUCAAACAAGCUGACUGACUUGCCAGGCAAAAUCUUUUCAGGGCUCAACAAACUCCAGAAGCUGGACCUGAGAUGGAACACUCUCAGUGAGCUACCUGCUGAAGUCUUUUCCGGGCUCAUCAACUUGCAGGAGCUGGACUUGUAUCAAAACGAGCUCAGUGGGCUGCCUGCUGAAGUCUUUUCAGGACUCAGCAACUUGCGGGAGCUCGACCUAGUAAAGAACAAGCUCAGCGAGUUGCCUGCUGAAGUCUUCUCAGGUCUCAGCAGCUUGCAGAAGCUCAACCUGGGGUACAACUCGCUCACUCGGUUGCAUGCGGGAGUCUUUUCAGGACUCAGCAACUUGCAGGAGCUUGACCUGUGGUUGAACUUGCUCAGUGAGAUGCCUGCUGAAGUCUUCUCAGGGCUCAGAAAGUUGCAAGAUCUCAACCUGGGGACCAACAAGCUCAGUAAGUUGCCUGCCGAAGUGUGGGCUCAUCUCUUCGCAGGUCUUAGCAACUUGCGGAAGCUGAACCUGUGGUCCAACAAACUCGGGGAGUUGCCUUCUGAAGUCUGGUCCAAAUCAUUUGCAAGGCUCAGCCACUUGCAGGAGCUUUACUUGGGCGGAAACGAUCUCAGUAAGCUGAACGAGUUGCCUCCUGAAGUCUGGGAUCAUCUGUUUACGGGGCUCAACAACUUGCAGAAGCUAUACUUGGGUGGAAACGAUCUCAGUGAGUUGACUGCCGAAGUGUGGGCCCAUCUCUUCGCAGGUCUUACCAACUUGCAGCAGCUGAACCUGAGGUCCAACAAACUCGGCGAGUUGCCUUCUAAAGUCUGGUCCAAAUCGUUUGCAGGGCUCAGCCACUUGAAGGAGCUUUACUUGGGCGGAAACGAUCUCAGCAAGUUGCAUGCUGAAGCCUUUUCCACGCUGGGCAACCUGCGAAAACUUGUCCUCGAUAGGUGCAGGCUGAAUGAGUUACCUGUCGAAGUCUGGGAUCAUCUCUUCGCAGGGCUCGACAACUUGCAGGUGCUCAUGCUGCAUGACAACAAACUCGGCGAGUUACCCGCUGAAGUCUGGCCCAAUAUGUUUUCAGGGCUCGGAAGUCUGCAAGAGCUUUGGCUGGACGAGAAUGAUCUCAGUGAGUUGUCCAAGGUGGCAGUGGCACCUGGCGCGCAACUGGAGAGACGUUCGCACACCGAGGCAUCGGAAUGUCCAGUCGAAGUCAUCACAGGUAUCAAAGUCUUCAGUCGAAGUCUUCAUGAUGAGCCUGGCUUCAUCCCAGCGCUGCAGGAAAAACUCACUGCAGCGGCCCGAACGCCCAGCACUGCGCGAUUGACGAGUUUCGAGAGUCGUGGGGUGAGGAGUUCUGCAAAGUGGUUGUGGUUCUUUUCCUUGACCGUGUGGGCCGUGUUUACUGCGUUGGUUCUUUUGGAGGUGCUGCCCAACUUGAUUCGCUGCCUCAUGUCGGUCUCUCUGGAUAUUCCUGGACAUGGUUACUUUGAUAUCAAACUGACUGCUUCGAGCACCGCUGCUGACAUUAUUUUACUGCUACGUGAGCGUUUGCCAGACAGCCCAUGGCAUGGGAACAAGUUGCUAUCAAGUGGGGUCUGCCAGCUACAGUGCGAUGACAUUGUGGAGGCAACCCGCCACAGCACUUUAGUCUUGACAAACUACUCAGAGAUCACCAGCCAGGACGGCUAUGCGAAAAAGGGCUGCAGCAUGGUAGAGCUCAUGGCGAUUCAAGUGCAGAGACCUCACUGGUUUGUGUCGCAUGCUUGGAUCGAGCCUUGGUUGAUAGGCAAACUCUCAAGCUUGUUUGAGACCGUGCUAUUGCAUUGUCUGUCGGCAACAAGUUACUUGUUCUGCUAA